AUGGCAAAAUUCGGGGAGAAGAACGAGAAGAAUAACGAUGUACCCCCCGAACACAUCGAAAGAGUGCCCACUCCUGAGAACGGAGGGCUGGAUACUGCAUUCGCUUUCUUGCGAGAUCACGAUGCGAUCGACACACAUCACAUAUGUCUGAAGGCUCUUCGGCGGAAGCUCGACUGGAAUCUGGUCCCACUCAUGUUCUGUAUCCACUUGACGCAGGCUCUCGACAGCUACCUCCUCAACUAUGCCAUCGUCAUGGGACUUCCAGAAGAUCUCGGUCUCGAGGGACAACAAUUGAGCAACAUCGCAUCUUCCAUCAAGUGGGUACACUUGGCUGCCUGCGCUGUCGUUGGCCUGUUUCUCAACAAGUUCCCGAUCUCGACCUCGCUGGGCUGGGCUAUGAUGACGUGGGGUGUUUUGAAUGCGUGUACUGCCGCUGUUCAGAAGUAUCCGCAGAUGCUAGCCAUUCGGAUCCUCAUGGGCGUCUUCGAUUCGAUGUUCCAUCCUGUGAUGAUGCUGGUUACAAGUCAGUUCUAUCGGAAGGACGAGCAGAUUGUACGCUUUCAACUCUGGUGGUGCUCACAAGGCUUCGGUACAAUCAUCGGGGCUCUGAUCUCUUACGGCUUUCAAUUCGUCAACGGGGGUGGCAUGGAAUCAUGGCGCAUCAUGUACCUCGUCCUAGGCUGCUGGACCCUCAUCAUCAGUAUUUGGACACUGUGGUGCCUCCCGAACUCCCCCAUGGCCGCCAAAUUCCUCUCUACUGAAGAGAAGGUCGCCUUACUCCGCCACAUCGCACCAAACCAGACCGGUGUCAACAACCACAAGAUCCGCCCCAAACAAAUCCUCGACAUCUUUCGCGACCCGCAAGUGGGACUUCUUUGCUCCUUGGUCAUCAUCACCGGCUUUGGCGUGGGAAUCAUGAGCAACUUCAGCUCAACCCUCAUCAAAUCCUUCGGCUACUCGAGCAAAGAGGCCACACUCCUCUCCGCACCUGGCGGCGCUGUCGCGAUUUUAGUCUGUUUCCUCUCCACUUGGGUGGUGCGCCGCGAAUACCUACGACGCUGGUCUGCACUCGGGAUCUGCUACACCAUCGCUUUCGUCGGAUCUUGCCUCGUCGCAUUCUCCCCCAAAAACAACGAGGCAGCACACCUCGUAGGCCUCUAUCUCUUUGACUUCUCCACCGCCACAGUCGGCAUCAAGUUCCAAUGGAAUGCCGCCAACAUAGCCGGUCACACGAAACGACCCAUGACCAUGGCAUUCCUAGGUGCUUCAUUCACGAUCGGGAUGAUCGCUGGCCCUUAUGCGGUGCAGAAGAAAGAUGCGCCGGACUACUUUACUGCCAAAUACAGUCUUGUUGGGUCGAAGGGUGGCUGUAUGGUGUUGGUGUGUAUGCUGGCGCUGUAUUAUCUACUGGCAAAUCGCAGCAAGGAUAGGAAAUUUGGGAAGCAGAGGGACUUGGUGACGGAUCUGAAUGAUAGUCGUUCUGAAGAAGAGAGUUUGGAGGGCAAGUGGGCGAAUCUGACGGAUAAGGAGAGGCCUACGUUCCGAUAUAUUUAUUGA